AUGAUCCAUUUGCUUGAUCAUCAAGGAAACAAUGUACGCAACAAGGAGCUGCAAGCGCAUACUGUUGCUGUUAAUCAAAUCAGUAUUGACCAAAAUGGAGAUUUUAUUGCGAGCUGCUCUGAUGAUGGGAAAGUUUUCAUCUAUGGUCUUUAUUCAAUUGAAAACAACCAUAAUAUGGUCAUUGGCCGUCUUGUCAAAUCAAUAGCCAUUGACCCUAACUAUUACAAGUCUGGUUCAGGACGAAGGUUCAUUACAGGAGAUGAACGGCUGGUUCUGCAUGAGAAGACCUUCUUAUCUCGACUAAAGUCAACUGUCUUAUAUGAAGCUGAGGGUGGAGUGCAGAAUAUUAAGUGGAAUGGUCAGUUUGUGGCAUGGGCUAGUGACAUCGGUGUCCGAGUGUAUGACAUCAAUGCUAGGUGUUCUCUAGGCCUCAUCAAAUGGAAUAGAAAUCCAGAUGCAUUACCAGAGUAUUACCGUUGCAAUUUGUGUUGGAAGAAUUCAACCACCCUUCUUGUAGGUUGGGUAGAUACAGUGCGAAUCUGUAUGAUACGGAAACGCAGCUUGGCUGAGCUCGCCAACAGAGAACUACCUGAGUUUGUAGUAGAGCCAGUAUCUACAUUUACUGCUGAGUUCUACAUCUGUGGAAUUGGUCCGCUAGAUAACCAUUUAGUUCUUCUUGGCUAUGUGAAAGAGCCCGACUUGGAUGGCAAGGCUCAACGACCUCAGCUUUAUGUUGUUGAGCCUAGGACAGAAGAUUACGUGGAGAUCUGCACAGACUCCUUGUCCCUGCGUGGCUAUCAAGAAUAUAAGUGUAAUGAUUACCACCUUGAAUGUCUGAUAGAAGAAAAUAGAUUCUUCAUUGUAAGUCCAAAAGAUGUUGUGGUGGCUAGUCCGUAUGAUGCAGACGACCGUGUCCAGUGGCUAAUUGAACAUGGUAAAUAUGAGGCUGCAAUGGAGGCUGUAACUCAGUUUGAAGGCCGUGAUUUAAAGAGACACACAUUACUGCAAGUGGGACGCGCCUAUUUGGAUCAUCUUCUGUUUGAACAGAAAUUUGAUGAAGCUGGUAAACUUUGUCUUAAAAUCCUGGGAAAGGAUAAACGUCGAUGGGAAGAGGAAGUGUUCAAAUUUGCACGAUUACAGCAGCUGCGGGCUGUAAGUCGUUAUCUGCCUCGAGGAGACAAUGCGCUUGAGCCUCAUAUCUAUGAAAUGGUGCUGUAUGAAUACCUCAAAAUGGAACCUCAGGGUUUCCUGAAUUUGGUGAAGGAAUGGUCACCUACACUGUACAAUGUACCAGCUGUAGUUAAUGCGGUUUUGGAACACCUUAUAGUGAAUGAUUCUGAUAAAACAUUAUUACUUGAAGCUCUGGCUAUUUUAUAUUCCCAUGAAAAAAAAUAUGACAAAGCUUUUGCCAUGUAUUUGAAGUUACGUCACAAAGAUGUGUUUCAGCUUAUUCACAAACAUAACUUGUUUGGGGCUAUCCAUGAUAUGAUAGAAGAUCUCAUGGACCUUGAUGUGGACCAAGCAAUCAGUAUGUUUCUAGAAAAGGAACGAAUACCAUCUGAAGUCGUGGUAACUCGUCUAAAAAAUAACCAGUAUUAUUUAUACCUGUAUCUAGAUGCACUGGACAAAAGAGAUGUUCGGGAAUCAGGACGAAAAUACCAUGGACUCUUAGUUCAGCUUUAUGCUGAUUUUUCCAGAGACAAACUGCUGCCCUUCCUUCGUCGCUCUGACCAGUACCCCAUCCAGCAAGCACUGGAUAUCUGUCAGCAGCGAUGUUUCUAUCCUGAGAUGGUGUAUCUUUUAGGUCGUAUUGGGAAUACAAAGGAAGCGUUGGUUUUGAUAACCCAGGAACUUAGUGACAUUGAACAGGCCAUUGCCUUCUGCAAGGAACAUGAUGACAUGGAACUUUGGGAAGAUCUGAUACAAUAUUCUCUCAACAAACCUGAUUUUAUAACAUUCUUACUGCAGAAGAUUGGAACCUAUGUUGAUCCUCGAAUUUUGGUUAAGAGAAUUGAAAGUGGCCUAAAAAUACCAGGCUUACAGAACUCUCUAGUCAAGAUGAUGCAAGAUUACAACUUACAGGUAUCUGUGCAGGAAGGCUGCAAAAAGAUUCUGGUGUCUGAUUACUUCAAUCUCCAUGAAAAAUUGGUCUCCAUGCAACAGAGGGGCAUUGCUAUAGAUGAUGAACAAAUUUGUGGAGCAUGUCAUAGGAAGAUAAUUGUAAAAGAUCUAAGCCAUGCCAGCAAUGUUGUUCUGUUUUACUGUAAACAUUCAUUCCAUGAAGAAUGUCUCCCUACUUUAGAUAUUGAUGUUAACUCUAAAAUUGAGUUACAUAUGAUGAUAAUGCUGAGCACAUAAGACUUCAUCCAAGAGCAAAACGUCAAAAUAAGGCAUGAAUCAGGAACUUGUUGAUGAAAACAGAUGUGUCACUAUCCAUGACUUUGCUGGUGAUGUGGGGAACUCAGUUUGGAUCAUACCGAAGCAUUUUUACACAACUGAGCACGUAAUGGAUUGCAGCAAACUUGUGCUUUGUCCGUUAAUUGAUGAAUGAGAGCAGAAUUGUAGUCAGUCCUUCCAUAAAAUACUUCAGAGAGACCUACACAUCCCUGUGUGGCCUUUCUAUAUUUCCUAAACUCAAGUUGGCAUUUAAGAGAAAAGAUUUAACGUUGUUCAAAAUACAUGACUUCUGCAAAUGCUUCCAAUAAUGGCAUAAUCACUAGACUUUCUACAUCAAGUUGCAUGAGAACUACUUCAGAUCUGACAGCAUCAAAUAGAGGGUGUCAGUAUGACAGAAGAAAAGCACAGUCCAGAAAUUAUUUGAUCACAUUACCUAUUACAUUGAAAACUAGUAUGAUGAUAAAAUUGCACAGCAUGGUCAGUUAAUUUAUUUCUAGGUACUUGCACUAUAGCCAUGGGGUUUACUCAGCCUCUAACAGAAAUGAGUACCAGGAAUUUUCCUGGGGGGUAAAGGGUGGCAGGCAUG